GGGCUGACAGUACCUAUGGAUUUGGGAAACAGAUUUCAAGAGAUCCUUCCUCCUCGCUUUUUCGAGGAGAAAAGCUCUUACCUGUUCCUGACCUCUCACGUGUGACCUCUCGGCCGCUCCCUCCGUUUCAACGACACUACUCGACUCUGCAACAAAAGCCGGGCCUUGGUGCCGAGUAGCUUGGAGUGUUUUCCGAUCAUUGCAGCUGGGGAGCGAGAAGCGUUACAUGGUUUACCUUGAAGUUUGUGGAGUGGAAGGCUGAGGUGAAAGGGAAGCGUAGAAAGCACUAGCAAACACACGCAAACACCAACGUAAGGAGCACCAUGACACUGGAAGCAUUGGCUUCCGCCGGGCUUCCUCCCUUCUUCUUCUACGACACCAUCACCGCCACCACAUCACACCAUUCUGGUCGCGCCUCGAGUUCGAGGUUCCACAAUGCCGGCGGCGACGAUGUAGUGGGUGGCUACUCUGGAGGCACGGACGAAAGGAGGCAGAGCGCGGAAGUAGCAGGGCAAGGAAGGAGGAAGCGGCGGAGGCAGAGGACGCACAAGAACAAGGAGGACGCGGAGAACCAGAGGAUGACCCACAUUGCCGUCGAGCGCAACCGCCGCCGGCAGAUGAACGAGCACCUCGCUGUGCUGCGCUCGCUCAUGCCCGAUUCCUACAUCCAAAGGGGUGACCAGGCCUCCAUUGUCGGAGGAGCUAUCGAUUUCGUGAAGGAGCUGGAGCAGCUUCUCCAAUCACUCGAAGCACAGAAGAGAACGCUACAGCAGCGACAAGCAGGGAAGCCCGAGAGCUCUCCAGCGACCGCAGACGGCGGAAGCAGGAGCAGCAGCAGCCACAGCCAUGGGGUCGAUUCCCCUCCCUUCGCUCAGUUCUUCACCUUCCCCCAGUACGGCUGGCGCCACGCCGCAGCUCACGACUACCCUCAACCGGAGGACCAGCUGCUGCCGGCGUUGGCCGACAUCGAGGUGACCUUGAUCGAGACGCACGCGAACGUCCGAAUCCUGUCGCCGAAGAGGCCCCACCAGCUCGUCAAGAUAGUGUGUGGGCUUCAGGACCUCAAGCUUUCCAUACUUCACCUCAGUCUCACUACCCUGGACGCCAUGGUGCUCUACUCCCUCAGCGUUAAGGUGGAAGAAGGGUGCAAUCUGGCCACCGUCGAUGACAUUGCCGCUGCCAUCCACCGUAUGCUUUGUCUGAUUCAAGCUGAGGCGACUGCUGCAGCCCAGUAGGGGCAGGCCAUUCAACAGUCUUUCUGCAAGAAUGGCAGUAGCAGUCAACUACUUCCUUGUGCGGUGUAGCUCGGUGGUCCGGUGAUGCUUUCCUUUUUUCUUCUUUAUCUUCCCUGCCAUGGAUUGUGUGACUGUGUCAUCUCAAUAAGCCCACUCUGGCAUCCAAAAUGGGCCUCCAUGGAGAUGACAUUGUGUAACAUUUUGUGGAUUCUUGACGUGUAGAAG